AAUAAGUUAAUUAUUCGUUAACCGGUUCCCCUGGUAGCAAAAUAACAACAAAUUUUAAAAUUAUUGUAAUAUAAAGACUUCCAACAAGUUCGUGCUUUUAUCUGAAUACCUGAGUUCUUUUCACACUGAGUGUUUCGACUUGAUAUUCUCGAUUCUUACGUACAUGCGGAUCAUUGGCAGCAUAUACAACAAAUACCCCGUGCCAUUUAAUAAGUUAGCCACCUGCCAGGAGUUCAAUAUAGAGUCCAAAUCAUGUCAGCAUUACUUUCCUGUUAAAAGCAUCAAAAACUACAAAACCAACGAAUUUAAGCUCCAAAUGAGGUUCUAUGUGAUGGCAACGAAUGAUGCUAAUAUUGUUCUCACAAAUGGACUGGAAUCGGGCAAGGGACGUAUUGCAUAUACAAUCGUUAUUGGCGGUUCCGGUAAUACAUAUUCGUGGAUUCGAAAUACACCUGAAGAUACAGUAGGCACGGAUAGCCAUCUGCCGAAAAUUCUUUCGGCACUCUGGCCAACACCUAUACUUGUCCAAGUUAAAAAUGAUGGGAUGCUGUUUGUAUCAAUCCCGAAUGUGGCAGAACCACUUAUGGUCGCUGAUGCCUCAGAUCUUACACAAAUCAAUCAAGUUUGUAUCUAUGCCUGGAAUACUGAAAGUCGUUGGUUCUAUAACUGCACUGAAUUGGAUGAUGCUUUUGAAGAAAGUGGAUCAGGCUGCUCACAAGAUGAUACGCACUGUUCAUUGAAUAUUCAGUGGGACGUUUGAAACCUUUAUUGAUCAAGAGGAGGAAGUCGUGAAAGAUUUUUCAAAUGGUUUAUUUGUUAAUAAAAAAAGAGAUAUCUUGAUGAUGAUUUUCUUUAAAGUAUGUUAUCGUAAUCUUAAAGUAUUUCGAAAUGUAUUUUUUUGUCAUUUCCUGUUACAGAUUUUUUAAUAAAAUGUCUCAGAAAAUAAA